AUCGAAUAAGAAAACAGUACGUUCUUCUUUACCCUUCGAUUGCUAUAUAAAGAAAUAAAAUACCGUUAUUAACAUAAUUUCUUUUAUAUUUUGACAAUAGUUGAAAAUGAAGUAUAUGUUAAUACUAUUUUUGCAGUUACUUUGUAUAGAUCUUAAUAAUGCUAGAGAAAUUACACAUGAAGAUAUUAAAGAUGCAAUGCUGAGUUUGGCACAUAUAAUGCGAGAAAAUACUGAAAAAUUAGAACGUCAUGAAGCACGAGAACGCCAGUUAGGAGAACAAUUAAAAAAAGCAAUUGCAGUAUUAACAAAACGUAUAUCAACUAUUGAUUCAUUAACAUUACAGUUAACUAAACUUGAUGAAAAAGUAAUAGGAAUAGAACAGUUAAUCUCACAGAGAGAUGAACGAGAAAGAAUACAAAUGCAAAAGACUGUUGAUAGCUUGGAAAAUUUAGAAAAUCGUUUAGUAGGAUGGCUUACAGAUAUUGAAAAUAAAGUAUCUGAAGUAAAUUCUCGAUCAGAUACAACGUUACCUUCAUUUGAUAAUUCUUUUCAUAUUAUUUCAAAAUUAAAUGAUUCAGAAUUAAUGUUAAUGGAAAGAAUUUCAAAAACAGAAUCACUUUUGAAAUCUGAAGCAAUAGAACUAAAAAAGGCCACGAAUUUUCAAUCAGGAACAAUUCAAGCAUUAUUAACAGAGAUCCAAGAUAUUGGUUCAAGACUCAGUGAUCUUGAAGUUUCAUUGGAAAAAGUUAAAGAACAAUCACAAAAUAUAAAAGAGAAGUUACAAGAACCUAAAUUUGAUUCUAUUUCGAAUAUUCAUAAUUAUGCAAGUGUACUACCCUCUAUACAGAAACUUUUAGAAGAUACCUCUGAUCAAAUUAAGAAAUUACCACAGAUUACUGAACUACAAAUUUUACAUAAUGAAACUCAAAUGCUAUUGCAAGAAACUAAACAUGCCUUAAAAGAUACUGUUACUAGUGGAGUUAAUGAUAUCGAAAAUAAACUAACAAAAACGAAAGAUGAAACAAAAGAUACUAUAGGAGUACUUAGAAUGGAUUUAGCAAAUAAUGCUGAACAUGUGAAUCAAGAAUUAAAUGAUCUUGAAAAGGGACAAUCUGUAAUGGUAUCAAUGGCUGAUCAUGUCUUAGAUACUAAAAAACGAGUUGAAUAUGGAGUGCAUCAAAUUCUUCUAGAAGUGGGAGAUUUAGUAAAAGCACAAGGUAUAAAUAUUAAUAAUACUCUAAACCAAAGGUUUAAUGGCAUAUCAAACGAUAUUAUGGACAAUCAGAAUGGAGCUUUGGCAAAUUUAACUACUAAGAUGGAACAAGAAAUGAAUCAGGUGUGGCGACAAAUAAAUGUCAUGUACCAGCAAAUGACAGAAAGUGCAAAAGCAUUAGAUAAAUUACAUAAACAAAAUGAAGAAUAUGUUAAUGGUACAACUUCUACUAUGGGUAGAAUGGAAAAUAAAGUGAGUGUGAUAACAAAACGCAUGAUUGAAAUCGAUGAGAAUUUAAAUUAUCUAUUAGGGAAACUUGCAUUGGUGACGUACGAAUUUGAUCAGAUUAAAACAGGUUUAGGUAAUGCAUUAGAUAAUAUUAAAGCAUCAUUCAAAGAAGUUCAAGAUAAAACAAAUGAUUUGAGACAUCCAGGGCCAUACCCAAUACCUGAAAAUUAA